AUGUAUUUAAACGUUAAAUCUGCCUUCAUUACUUUAUUCUUAAUCUCUUUAAUGUAUACUUGUUGUGAAGUAAAUGCUACCGCUAUACCCAAAAUUGAAGAGCGUGGGACUGAUUGUGGAGGAUUCAGUUUUGAUCAUCCACCAGCGGAAGGCUCUAAAAAGAAAGAAAUAGUUAUAAUGAAUUCUACUACCCUUACAUCUAACUGGACUACUCAAGCUGGGUCAGAUGUCGAUUAUGUUAUAGAUUUUGAACUUUUCACAAGCAAUGGAAGUUAUUUAGGUAUUUUAUGGAAUAUAGGUGCUAAAAUGACGAAUCAUCUUGCAGUAGGGGAAGUUGAAAUAAAUGUACCUGAAAAUAUAAAGCUCCCUGCUACUUUCUUGGCCAGAAGUUGGGCAAACACGACUUCCGGAUCUCAUUGUAUUGCUUUAACGUAUGCACUUUGUUUUAUAAUAUCAAAUUGA